AUGAUAAACUUCGACGAAUGGGACAUGGAGACUCUGAUGAUCGGCUUUUUGGGCGCUGCUUGUGUCCUGGCCGCCUCCGUGUUGUACCUGAUGCGGCUUGAAAGGAAAGGAAACGAAGAAAGAAUGUAAUGGACUUAUAGGACGAAUUCGGAAAAUAUGAUAUUGUUUUAAGAGAUGCCGAGAUGGAAGAGGUGACAGAAGAACUGGAAGAGCCGAUUCCAGCGGGAGAAACGAAGCGACAACGUCAGCAACGACUCAACGAACAGCGGAAAUCGGUUUUAGAGUUUAUUAAUUUAUAAAUUUGACUUAUAAAACUAUUUCAGGGCAAAGAAAAGGCUUACGAUCAUCCGUGGUACGUUACCACGCUGAAAGGUCACACUUCUCCGGUCGUGGAUGUUGAUUUCGCGCCAGAUGGCAAGAAAUUCGUUUCGAUUUCUUCAGAUCGUUCAGUUUUCUUCUGGGAUGUCAGGGUAAUUUUUUCAAGCAAAAUAACUUAAAAAAAAGAAAAAGUUGAGCCGAAAGUGGUGGUCAAGGCAGAUAAUUUUCAGACUCGUGUUCUUUGUAUUUGUAAUUUUUUUGUGAUUUUUUUCUAGCAAGUGGCAAAUUUAUGAAAAAAAUUUAUACAUUUAUUGUUAAAACUGCCUAAAAAGUUAUUUUUGAAGCGAAAAAUUUUUACGAAGCGCUUUUAACCAAUUUCAAGAAUAGUUUUACUUUCCAUGAAAAAGUGUAAUUUCAACUUUUAGGAUUGAAAAAAAUCAGGAUAAGGUGUUCAGAUAAGAAAACGAAAAAAAGAAAAAGCUGAAUAACGAAUAAAAGAUCCAUUAGCCAUGAAAGGUGUAUAAAAGGAGCUUAUCGCACUUUCCAAAGAUUUUUUCGAUUAGUUUUUUUUUUUGAUUUUUAUUUUUUCUUUAAUAUUCUUAUUUUCAAAAAGUUUGUGCAAGGGCCAGCUUUCCAGUCUAUCAGCCCUUUUUAAUCCCGUUCCGGCCCGACCUUAGUAAGGCCUCAAGCAAAACAGCCGACCCCAAAAAACGCCUUUUUCGCAAGUCCAAUAUCGUUUUUUUUUACUACAAAAACAAAGUUUUUGGUUAUUUUUAGUCACUCAAAAUUCAAAAACUGUCAUUUAACAAGUAAAAAUAAUUUUUUAGCACGGGUUGACCCGGGCCAGACCAAGCCUGACUCACAAGCUUGCCAGAAAAAGUCGGAUCUCGGUAACGCCACGGAGUUUCUGAGCCCUUUUAGUGACCACUUUAGCAGCGUCAGAACCCUUAAGGGAUCUCUAGAAUCGCUCAGAAAGGUUCGGUUUGCGUUACCGAGGUGCGAGAGGCUAGAAGGUUACUCACUGAUUUCCCUUGGAGCGCAUUUUGACAAAUAUUUCUCUCCUAAUGAUUUUCAUAUUCUGGCUUUGCUCUCAAAAUGAUUCUGACUUUCUUAAGUGAACACUCCAGAAGCACUAAAACCACUUAAGGGAUCACUGGAUGGCUCAGAGGCCUCAGAAAGCUUUCCUGUUUUUUUUUCCUGUGCUCAAUGAUUUUCUACCACUCUUUUUUCCGAUCAUUCUGUGAACGUGUUAGUUUGUUCAAAAAAAAAGAUUUGGAAACCGUUUUCGGUGUUUUUUUAAAGUCUCUACGCUUCGAGACCUUCUCUAUGCUCCUUUAAACUAUCUAGUAGUCGAUUUUGAUCCGAAUCUAGUUCCUUCAUUAAAAGGGCUAUUUCUUGAUCUAUCCUUUUCAUAAUAUCCUUGAUAGGUCUUUAAAAAUAGGGUUUCGAAAGAUCGCCUGAGGUUUUGGAAUCUUUUCGCCUCGAGACCUUCUCUAUGCUCCUUUAAAUCCGCCAACAAUCGAUUUCAAACAGAGUAUCCUCAAUUUCUUCCUUUCAGGACUUUGAAGAAAGGGAGCACAAAUGCAGCAGGCAGAAGUUGGAUUUCGACACGCCGACUCACGUUUCUUUUGCACCUGACAGCAAAAGCGUCCUUUUCAGCGUUUCCCGUGACAACAAGGUGAUUGCAAACGGCCAAUUAACAGAUUAUACUCCCGGUUUACUAAUGAAACGGCGGGAAAUCUCCUAGUUGGGCUCGAAAAUCCGUUUUUAGAGAAAAAAAAAUGGGGUUUUAGUUAUGAAAUCGGAAUAGAUUUUCGAAAAAAUCCCCAUUUGAUCCAGGAAAAUCCCAAAAAGGCAACGGCGGUUUUUCAAAAUUAAUGUUUUUUUUGAGAAAAUUGGAAAGUAGAGACUAAAGUUGCUUACACGUUCAAAAUAGUCAUAUCAAAUUUUUAAUUAUUUUUUUCAUUUUAGUUAAAAAUUUUUUUACGCCUUUCUGGAAAACUCGGUCCGUUCGGUCACUUUUUUUCAGAGUGGCCAUUUUUUUGAAAAAUUUUGAAAAAUUUUUUAAGCUCUAAAUUGUUUAAGUGUCCAAAAUGCGUAGAAUUCUCAUUUUUUUGGUUAGAUUUUUAGGUUUCGAAGAACCGAAUAUUUGCGGCUCAAAAAUAGAAGAUUUUGUAUUUUUUUCAAUACAUUCAAUGGAAAUCUCUAUAAUUUGAACUGAAAUCGAAAUAAAGUUAAUUAAAAUUUGAGAGCAUUUUUCUGGCUAAAAAUGGAAAAAAAUUAAAAAGGAGAAAAAAAGUGAAUUUUUUUGUGAAAAUAAUGGCCAAAAUUUUUCGAAAAAAACUGACAUUGAAACUCGUAUAUAAUAAAGAAAUAAGUACUUCAAAUCCAUUAACACUUUUAUAAAGCCAAAAAAAACUUUUUCAAUUUUUUUGAAAACUUGGAAAAAAAUGGGCGUCAUAAAAAAAGUGACCAAUGCCAAUUUUUACUCAAGUCAGAUUCUCUAAAAAAAGGAGCCGUCAUAAAUUCAAGGGUUUUUUUCAUAAUAUUCAAAGUCUAUUUUUUUCGUAAAAAAAUACCAAGUGGGACCAUUCAAUAUUUACUGUUUCAAAGAGUCUACAUAAACUUUUUUUUUCUCGAUUCAAAUAAUUGUCUUAAAAUAUGACCGAGAGCCUGAAGAACAUUAAAAAGAUUUCCGGAAACCUUUCUGAAGCUUUGAACGAGCUUUAGGGCUUAAAUCUGGAUCUCUUUCCAAAUUGAGAUUCAAGUCGAUUUUCUAUUCAUGCCAACUUUUAAAAAUCUUGCGGCUACACGUAGAAAUGUUAUGAAAAGUUACAGCUUCAAAGCAAUCUCAUUAUUUUUUUGUUUAUAUUGAUUUGAUUCGAUGGCUCUUAUCUAUGAAAAAAACCUGAAAUAUAUCUUAAGAUUUCAUUCUGAACCUGAACUAUAAUUAAGUUUCAACGUUUGGAUCAGAAGUCUCAAAUCCGAAUUUCAGUGACAUUUUUUCAGUUUUAAGUCUUAUUGGUAUAACAUUUUUAUUCAUACCCCACUCUAAAAUUUUCCUUUUUUUCGCUCCUUAGGGUCCCUAUAGGGGCAUUUUUCAGGGCUCUUGAAGAGUCCCCUCUAGGGACGUUUUUUCAGAAUAUAAGAAUUCGAAAAUUGUAGAAUUUUCUAAAUUUAUGCAAUUUUUUUUCGAAAAGAUUUCAUAAAAAUUAUCUUUAUCUUUUUUUCGGAAAUCCUAGCUGCGCCCGACCCUGAGCGGCUUUUUUUUUUUUGAGAUGACCCCGCACGCAAGUAUAUUUUAGUCCGGCGCAUUGAUAAAAAGAAAUUUCAAGUCGGAAAUCGCAAGAAAACUCCUUCUUUGCCACGUCAAAAAAAUGAAGCGUCAAAAACUGGAGAUGAUCAUCAUCAAAAGUUUCAGCUUGUCGUUUUCAAGCUGACCAAAGGCAAGGCUGGAAAUUGGGCGAUGGUUAAUGCGGAUAUUGACUACCCAAGUAGUCACCCUAAGGACAUUUCUUGCAUCGGGUUCGCUGGAAAUGGUGAAAAAUCACGAAUUUCUGAUCAAAAACGAGGAAAUCUACAGCUAAAUAUGUUAUGAGCGCCUCUCCGGAUACGAAAAUCGCGAUUCACGACAUCCGAGGCGACGUUUUGAAGGUUAUUGAGGCAAAGGUUUGUUCUGAAAAUAGUCAAUAAAAUACAAAAUAAUCAAUAAAAUAAAUUUUUUGUAACUUUUUUUGCAGAAAAUUGACCCAAAUUUGCUGAUUUCAAUGUUUUAGGUCAGAUUUUGGCAAAAGGUUGAACUUGGGGGUUAAAACUUUCAUGGAAAAAAGGAGAUUUUGACCAUAUUUUUUUGCAAUGGAACGGCGUUCAUCUCACUGAAUCUAUAGAUGUUAAAAAAUGUCUUUUUUUCAAAAUUUUUUGCCGAUUUUUAAGGUACUCUCUCAUGUCGGUUUCUGGCAGUUGCAAUGAAAAAGAAAAAAGUUAAGGUUUUUACGAAGAUUAUAUAGAAAUGAUAAGCAAAACGAAGAGAUCUACAGUAACCUCUCUAAAAGAAAAGCAUUGAAGGAAUUCACAAAAUUAAAUUUUUUUUUCUAGACUUGAGAUUUUUCCUCAAAAAUGAUUUUUUCAAAGUUCCUGACCCUAGUUUUUUUGGUACCCUUUACCUUAAAAUUAUUCAAAUCAUCACUUUUUUUCAUCUUUUUAAUAUUCUCAUUCAGUGUUUGAACAGUUGUCUUGUAAAAAAAUAUGGAUGAUACCUGAAAGUAGAGAUGUUUCCAGGUAAGUCAGCUUUACGAUUGCCGCAUUUCCCCAGACGGACGUUUCAUUAGUGCUGCUGGAUUUUCACCCGAUUGUUUCGUUUAUGAGGUUUUGAAAUGAAUAAAAAUGGAAAUUAUAUGAGAAAUUUGUUCAGCCAGUCUUCGGGAAGGACAAGUCUUUCACUGACGCGAAGAAAGUCUUUGCUUUAACGGUGAGAUUUUUUUUGCGAUUUUGAGAGUUGGAUUCAAGUUUUGACGGUGGGGUUUCAAUUUUAGAUGGAAAAAAUUGCCGCUGUGUAGAGCUUUUCAAUGUGAUUUUACUGGUUUUUGCCAUUUUGUGCCCAAAAUCGUUUUUUUCUCUAAAGAUUAUCAUUUUUUAGAGUUUUCUAAUGCGAGUCUAAUAGUAUAUUUGAAGUUCUACGGAAAUCCUCAAUUUUAGAGGGAAUAUUAAAUAAUAGUUCUAUCGAAAAUAAUUUUCAAUUUUUAAAAACAGUUGGCUUGGUCCAAGAAUAGCUCAAUUUUGAAUGAUAUUAUUGAUUUUUUUGCUUUUUAGUACCUAAAAAAAUUGAUCAUUUUGUAGAAUUUUUUUCAUGGCGAUUCCAACGGUAUAUUUGAAGUUGUACGAAAAUACUUACUUUUAGAGCAAUAUUGAUUUAAGUUUCUAAUGAAAAUUUAUUUUUUUAAUUUUUUUAAAAUUCCAGACUAGCUAAAUUUUGGCUCAUUUGACUGAUUUUUUCCAUUUUUUGCUUUUUUGUACCGAACUUGGUUAUUUUACGAGUAUUAUCUUUUUUGAGAAUUUGAAUUAUUUUUGAUUAAUUUUAGGGCCACGGAGCCGGUGUUUUUGCGGCGGCCUUCAACACGGCCUGUACCCGAGCCGUCACAAUUUCUCGCGAUGGCCUUUGGCGCGUUUUCGACACGGAUAUCCGUUAUGUGGCUGGCCAGGACGCGAAAGUCUUGAGACAGUCCGUUUUUUCCCUUCUCUCAAAAUUAUAAAAAAAUUCGUUUUUGCAGAGGCGAAUGGCGGGAAUUUCUGAAUCCCACAUCGAAAAAUGUCAGUUUGGCGUUGAGCCCAAGCGGGGAAUCUUUCGCUGUCGCCGUCGGCAGCACUUUGAAGAUUUUCAGCUCCGAGGACGAAAAAGCCGAUUUUCCAGCAUGUUUCCUCGAAAAAAUUGACCCAAAAUGAAAGAUUUCGGCUUCAGUGACCGACCUCCACACGGCUCCGAUCACUUCGAUCCGAUUCUCGCCCGACGGAAAAUAUAUUGCCACUUGUGGCGAUAAAUUCGUCAGAAUUAUCGAGAAUAUCCCACUUCACCAUAGUAUUGUGGUCAGGUGCAGUCGGGUGGGUUUUUUUUAAGGAGAUUUGAAAAAACCGAGUAAAUUUUUUUCAAGGGACCUUUCAGCAAAAAAUUUUUUUGUCAGAUCAAGAAAAAAACUUGUUCUUUUUGUAGGGGAAAUGAAACAAAAAAGUUACGGAAAAUCGAGUUUUUUUUUCGAGAAUAUUCUCCUCAAGGCACAAGUGUGCUCCAUGGACAAUUUAGUGGAAAACCAUAAAAAAAUCAUAUUUUUGAAAAAUAAGUCAUUUUUUUGUAGCAUUGGAACUUUGAACGUUGAAAAAAAUAAGCUUGAAAAAAAUUACUUUUCCCGAAGAAAUCUGCUGAUUUUUAAAUGUUGAAAAUAGGGGAAAAAAAAUAUUGCAAAUUUAACCAUGGAGCGCACUUGAUUUUUCCGACGUAACCAGAAGUUUUUUUCUGAGCUCAAUUUUAAUGUUUUUUUAUACAAUUUUUUAUCUCCAGGAGCUCCCGGAAGUCACAAACGAUGGCGCGAAGCGUCGACUCAAAGAGCAAAUCGAAGAAGCUCAAGCGGAGCUCAAAAAGUACGGCCUCGCUUAA